CUACUUUAAAUGUUUACUUUUUUUCUGUUCAGUUGGCAUGUCUAAUUCUCUUGAAGUCUGAUUGCUACUAUAAUUACAACCUGUAAAAAAAUGUACCUCGCAUAUUUCAGGGCCAGCCCCGAAGGUUUGAAAAAGGUGUUUUUAAAAAAAAAACCGUUUCUGGCAUAUAUCCAUAUACUCGUGCGUGUGCACCGGUGCGCGCACGUACACUCUUCCCACCUUUUCCAAUUCGGCGGCUCCUGUCCACAGCAACAUUCAAGAACUGUUUAAUCAAUUAACUCGUCAAUUAAUAAAUAGUACCCCAUCAUGACCCUCAAUCCCUCUCCAUCCCUGUGGUGUGCAAUUUCAUUGGUGCUAUUUGUUGGAGAGUUCCUUUGUUCUGAUGGGACAGCAUUUGCUUUCUUUUUCCCUACUCCUUAAUGUUAGUUUUUGUCUCCUGAAGCUAGUUACUUGCUAGUGUAUAGUUAGGAUUCUGACACAUUAGCUACAUUUUACUCUUGUAGCAGUUGAUUACUUUUGAAUUUAAGUAGUGAGUUAUUUAACAAUGGGUUAAACCCACCUGAUAGCAGAAAUCCACUUAGCAUUGAUUUAAAAACUGACACUUUACUCGUAUGUGAUUUGGAAUCAUUGCAUAGAAUAAUGUGCCUGCAUUUUCUUUGGGAGGAAGGUGAUCGAAGAGAAGUGAUCGAGGCUGCAAUUUCCUGCCAAGAAGACCAAAAUUCUGCCAUUUCUUGAAAUCUGAAAGUAAAUCAGCUGGAGGGGGUUUGAGAGAACAGUUCUGGAAUCGUUCCAACACACUCUCUUUAAAUGGGCAGAAGAACUUGAUUCUUUAAGUCGGAUUCAGGAUAUAUUUGACUGCUAUGAACAGGCCUUGGAGCUGUACCCAAGCAGUGAAGAAAUAUGGAACAGUAUGGGAGAACAUUUAUUUAGCAUGGGGUUCCGAGAUGAAGCAGCUGGCUAUUUCCACAAGGCUGUUAAGCUCAAUCCUGACUAUACUGAGGCGAGAGAAAAUUUUUAUCGUGUUGCCAACUGGCUAGUGGAGCGCUGGCAUUUUUUAAUGCUAAAUGAUCAGAAGAGGAAUGUUGCCUAUCAGAGAGCAAUCCAAAAAGCAGUGCAAUCAGGUUGCAUGUCUGUUUUGGACAUUGGAACGGGAACUGGUAUCCUCAGUAUGUUUGCAAGAAAAGCUGGAGCUUCUCAUGUGUAUGCUUGUGAGUUGUCCAAGACUAUGUAUGAACUUGCCUGUGAAGUGGUAGCUUCCAACCAAAUGGCAGGACAAAUUAAGAUUCUGCACGUGAAAUCAUUAGACAUGGAAGUACCUAAAGAUCUUCCCAGUAGGGUGUCGCUUGUUGUCACAGAGACUGUAGAUGCUGGGCUGUUUGGCGAAGGAAUUGUGGAAAGCUUAAUUCAUGCGUGGCAACAUCUUCUUCUUCCACCAAAGCCAACAAGUCAAAAAGGUUCCAGUGAAGAAUUUGGCCGUGUCAUCCCAUUGCAUGCCGUUGUGUUUGGCAUGGCAGUGGAGUGUCAAGAGAUCCGCAGACAUCACAGAGUUUGCUUCAACGAUACUGGUGGAUUGCAUUUGAAUGAAAUAGUAACAUGGUACAGCCCUGUUAGCAAUGAAUCCUGUAUUGAUGAUACAUCUGAACCAUACACCACUGAGAGGAUGAGGCAGGUUCCUGGUGGAUACAUGCCAUUAACUGACCACUUUCAGGCUAUGACCAUUGAUUUCAAUAAUCCACAGGAAUUAGAGGAAUUGUCCACCAGGAAACCUUGUCGACUUUGUUUGCCAGUAGUUAAGGAGGGUGUGCUGGAUGCUAUUGUAGCCUGGUUUGUUCUGCAGUUAGAUGAAGAUACAAACCUCUCCACUGGCCCAGAUGAAGAGACCUGCUGGGAGCAGGCUGUGUAUCCUGUACAGGGUGGACUUGGCCGGAUUGUAAAACCUGGUAAUACUCUAAUCGUUGAUGUUUCCUGCAAAAACUCAUACCUGGUUUUUCACAGCAUUGCCAUAUUGAGCCAUGAACUCAAGAUGGAAAUUGAAGUGAAUACUAUAAGUGAUCAGAUGGGUAACAGUCUUGCCAGUGAAACUGAACUUUGUGAUGCUUUGGCCAACCUUCAGACCUCAAGUGAACCUAAAUCGAACUUUCUACAGUGUAUGCUUGAAUCGUCAGAAAUAGCUCGUCUCAAUAACACACAAUACAAUGAGCGUUUCAAGUCUGCCUUGGACAAUAUAUUGUCUACAUUAACAUCAAUGGAUAAUGGAGUCUGCUUUUCACAAACAAUGGAUGACCAGAGUACAGAUAUGAAUUGUGAAAAUUCUAAUGGUCAAAGCUGUUCAGAUCUAACCUCUGACAUAUUGUGUGUGUUGGAUGUUUCAGAGGGUUUUUCCAUUUUGCCUCUGAUUGCUGCCAAAUUAAGAGCUGUUAAAGUUUUCAGCUCUUUAGAAAAGAUUCAGCAGCAGGCUACAUUAUGUGCUCUAGCAGAAUCUAAUGAGAUUUCAAAAGAUCUAUUGGAGUUUUGGCAUAAUUAUCUGGACGAUGACUCUACACUAUUACAAAGACCUCAGUCGGGCAAAUUGUGGAGUGUAAUUAUUCUUGAUGCUAUAGAGAUAUGUGGACUGAUAAGACAAGGUUUGGUGGAGAAAGCAGCUUUAGCUAGAUGUUUGCUUCGACCAGAGGGAAGGUUGUUGCCUCAGUGCAUAAAAAUCUAUGGAAUGCUCAUCGAAUCUGAGACAUUACAGCGAGAAAGUGCUGUCCAAGGAAAAGAAGCCACACUUGGGUUCAAUAUUGCGCCUUUCAUCAACCAGUUCAAGGUACCUGUCCACGUGUUCUUGCAUUUAUCCACGUUGCCUCAUAUCCGAUUGAGUGAGCCAGUGGAGCUAUUAAAACUGGAUCUGAUGAGCUUGGUCACCGAUGAAUUGUGCAGUGAAAUCAGGGUUCAAGUACAUUCAUCUGGAAGACUAACUGCAAUCCCAUUUUGGUACGAAAUUUACUUGGACACAGACGUCAAUCUAAAUACUUGGAACGAUACUUCCCAUUGGAAGCAGGCUGCCUUUGUUUUGGAUAAUCCAAUCCAAGUUAUUUCAGGAGAUGAACUUAGACUGAAAAUCCAGUUUCACAAAAGUACUAUCUCAAUGACUGUAAACCAUGGAUAGUUAAUUUUAGUAUUCAGUUCGUCAUACCAGACUCAAAACAUUACUGAUGUUUCUCUCUCCACGGAUACUGCCAGACCGGCUGAGUUUCUUCAACAUUCUCUGUAUUUAUAUCACAUUUCUAGCAUUGUAUUUUCCCUUUGUUAUUGUUAAUUUUAAAGUUGGGCUCGUGUUUUUAAAAAAAAGUAAAUUGAGUGGAGCUCAUCUAUUUUAUGGCAUAAAUUAUUGAGUAUCAAACAAGUUUGUCAAGUUGAAUGGGAAGAAAUACCAAUACAAAGCAAAAUUUUGUCAGUGUUGCAAAUCUGAAAUUUAAAAACUACUUUGAAACAUUCAGCAGGCCUGAGCACAUUCGUAGAUAGAGAAACAGAGUUAACAUUUCAGGUCAGUGAUCCCAACAGAGGUCUUAAAAGGCAACUGUUUGAAAUGUUAAGCAGAAAAGAUUCAAAUAAAACUUUUCUAUCCACUGCUAAAGGAAACCUACAGCAAGAAGAAUAAAAAAAUUAGAAUGCUAUCCUCAGGCAUCCAGUAAUACAUAGUACUGCACAUACAAUGAUUAGUUGUUGUUAAGCAGGCAAAAGUGGUAGAUAAUUUAAAUGACCAAUAACCUCAUCUUCUGGUUAAGUGCCCAUUUAGUCUUUGGAUGAGGACAAAAAUGGUGGCCAGGACAUCAGAAGAAUUGCCUGCACCUCUUCAAAUAAUGCCAUAGAAUCUUCAAAGUCCACUGAUUUCAUCAGAGCAAAACCUUUAUAAAGUCACACUUGAAAAACUGUACUUUUAACAUUGCAAUGUGUUCUUGAGCCACUGUAUAUAAACGACCAUGUGUUGCAUAUAUUCUUGUAUAUUUGUGCAAGCGUGCUUCUGUCCUCCUUUACUGUAAUCACAUUUUUAUGUGAUUUUAUCACAUUACUCUAAUUUGUCAAGUUAUUGUUACUUAUAAGGACAACUUAUUUGGAAAA